AUGGCGAAACUCGUGAAAUUCCAUUUCCUGACGGAGUACAUCCCUCCGGCGAUCGCGGAGCUAAACUACACAAAAGGAGGCCCCUGGAGCCUUUCCACACUCCUUGGCCAACCCAUAUGGCUCUCCUACCAAGUACUAGAUUCUUCACUGGGCGUCGGGUCAUGGAAUGUAUCUGGAACCUCCCCAGAGCAAAGCGCUGCAGAUGCCGCUGCAGGCGUUGCUGGUGCGGAGGACCUUGACGGGAGCCCCCUCGUGUAUUAUGACAAGCUGUUCCCGAGUACUCUAGUGGGUGACAUUCCGAGCCAGAUGGCGGUGUAUCAGAUCGGAGCAGUUCUCAUGCCUUAUAACAUGACAGCUCUAGGUGGAGUGAGUCAGAAUAGUAGCACAUCAGGGGUGUCGAACGGGACAGCAUCGCAACCCACAGCUGGCAAAGGCACGAGCAAACCGAGUGGUGCAGCUGGCUUUCUUGCUGCUGCCAUCGGCCUGAUCAUGCCACUGCUCGCCCUCACUAUCUAG